AUGUUCUCUUUGUUGUUUCCGCGGUCACCUUUGUGCACAGUAGCGAUAGUAUUCUACACUUUUGUGUGCAUUCCCUUAGAGAGGUUGAAGAAGCAGUGUGGAGUUGCUGAACCGCAACACGAUGAUGGUUACCACCUACCCGGUUUCAUGUUUGGGGACAAGCAAAAGAAGAAUGAAGAGGAAGAGAAGAUAUGCUGCUCAAUAUGCCUUGUGGACUAUGAAGCUGAAGACGCAGUGACACAUCUCCCAAGAUGCAAUCAUCUAUUCCAUAUCAAUUGCAUUGAACCUUGGCUUCUUAGUGGCCAUCUCACUUGCCCUCUCUGCAGAUCUUUUGUAUUCUCUCCUCCUACUGCACGCAUCAAUGUCAAUACUUCCCCCUUCUCUUUCACUUUCUAUCUCUCUUUCUUUUUUUGCUUGUUGUUUGUCCAUCACCUGCUUGGAUGCUUGUUGUAG